AAACUAAAAUUCCAGUUGCUGCAUUUUUGGAGUUUUUCCAGAUUCUACGUUUAUUUACCAUUUUAAUUUUGAUGAUAAACUUGAUAAAAUCAAGCGUUUUUUUAUUGAGAAAAUUCUUUCAUUAAUUAUUUUAUUGUAAGGAACCUUAACCUCUAUUUGAUUGUCGCGGAAAAUGCAAAUAGAAAAAUGGCAGAUAAACUGCAAGGAAAUCAGGUGCAGCCAAUCGUUAAAAUUGGACAUUACACGUUGGGACAAACUCUCGGUGUUGGAACUUUUGGGAAAGUAAAAAUUGGAGAGCAUGUGCUCACAAAACACAAGGUCGCGGUAAAAAUUCUCAAUCGUCAAAAAAUCAAGAGUCUAGAUGUCGUUGGCAAAAUUCGACGAGAGAUUCAAAAUCUCAAAUUAUUCAGACAUCCACAUAUUAUUAAACUGUAUCAAGUUAUUAGUACUCCAACGGAUAUCUUUAUGAUAAUGGAAUAUGUCUCGGGCGGCGAAUUGUUUGAUUAUAUCGUAAAACACGGAAAACUAAAGGAAUAUGAGGCCAGAAGAUUUUUCCAACAGAUAAUUUCAGGAGUUGAUUAUUGUCAUCGACACAUGAUUGUGCAUCGCGAUUUAAAGCCGGAAAAUCUUCUCCUUGAUCACAAUUUACACGUCAAGAUUGCAGAUUUUGGUCUGUCGAAUAUGAUGAUGGACGGAGAAUUUCUCAGGACCUCCUGUGGAUCGCCAAAUUAUGCUGCACCGGAAGUAAUUUCCGGAAAAUUGUACGCUGGUCCGGAAGUCGACAUUUGGUCUUGUGGCGUUAUUUUAUAUGCACUUUUGUGUGGUACUUUACCAUUCGACGACGAGCAUGUGCCUACUCUUUUCCGGAAAAUUAAAUCGGGUAUUUUUCCCAUUCCCGAGUAUUUGAACAAAACGGUCGUGAGUCUCCUUUGUCACAUGUUGCAAGUAGAUCCCAUGAAACGUGCUACUAUUGAAGACAUCAAAAAACACGAGUGGUUUCAAAAAGAUCUGCCCACUUAUUUAUUCCCCUCGCCGGUCGAGCAAGAUUCUUCUGUAAUCGAUAUUGAUGCUGUGAACGAAGUUUGCGAGAAAUUCAACGUGAAGGAGUCGGAAGUUCAUUCUGCCUUGCUCAGCUGUGAUCCUCACGAUCAAUUGGCCAUUGCCUACCAUCUUAUCAUAGACAACAAGAGAAUUGCAGAUGAGGCGGCGAAAGCCGAGCUGAAGGACUUUUACGUUGCUUCGAGUCCUCCUCCGGUUGCUUUCAGUCCCAGUGAUUCGAACAACAGUCCUCUGCGACCUCAUCCUGAGAGAAUUGCUCCUUUCCGUGAACGUGUUGGUUCACAAGGAAGCGCGCCACUUCAUUAUCCUGGAAAUAGAAAUACUCCUGUGAAGAGAGCCAAAUGGCAUUUAGGUAUUAGAUCUCAAUCUAAACCCAACGACAUCAUGAAUGAAGUUUACAGGGCCAUGAAAGCUCUCGAUUUUGAAUGGAAGAUUAUAAACGCAUACAGUGUGAGAGUUCGACAGAAAAAUAAAGUUACGGACAGGUUCAGUAAAAUGUCUCUCCAGCUGUAUCAAGUAGAUUUCAAAAGUUUCCUUCUAGACUUUAAAUCGCUUUCCUGCGAAGAGAGCGAAGACAUUAUGAUGAAAGGGUCAUGGAAGAAGCCAUAG